AUGGCUGAGGAUGACGGAAUCCUCCUACGGGAGGUGGACUUACAGCCAGAGGCGCAGGUCGUCGGUUCAACACAGCUCUUCAAGGGGGGGGUAAUGCAGUUCGUGCCCAUGCCAACUCCGGAUCCCAAAGACCCCCUGAACUUACCCACGUGGCGAAAAUGGGCAGCCAUAGCAGCGCUGUGCUUUUUCGGCGCCCUCGCCUUGGCAGCAGAAGCCACCAUAGGAUCUCUCGUGCCCAUCUUCGUACUCGAGUACGCUGGCCGAAACCCCAAGUCCCUAAGCUCCAUCACCCACGGUUCCCACAAACCGGGGCAAAUCAACCUCAACCCGCUCUCGGUUCUGGAUGGUAUCGGCGGCGAGCCGAUUUCCAAAGUCUCCCUGAUCGCCUCACUGCCUAUCAUCGUCAACGGCGUGGCUUCCUUCAUCCUGGUACCCCUAUCCAUCGCCGUCGGCACAAGUCUCAAUAGUCAUCUGGCCGCACGCGUGUGUCAGGGCUUCGGCGCCGGUGCGGUUGAGGCCCUCAUCGCGCUAAUCAUACAGGACGUCAUGUUCAUCCACCAGCGCAACAAGGCCAUCUCGCUUGUGGGCGCCAGCCAGGGGCUCAUCGUCGUCAGCCUAGGUGUGUCGGCCCCUGUCAUCGUCGCCCGGCUGAGCUGGCGGUAUCUCUACUGGAUCACGGCAAGCGCCGGGGUUGUCGCCUGGCUUGGUCUAAUUGCUUUCGUGCCGGAGACGCGCUGGAUUAGGUCGAGUGAGGAGCUUGCAGGGAAGUCGAUGCACCUCAUUCAACCGGGGGAGACAAGACCCCAGCUCAAUUAUGCGAGGUACGGGUACAGGACUAAUUGGACCGAGUUUGGCGUGUUGAAAGUUACGCCGAAUCAAUGGAGGCUGGCGAGAAUUUCUGUUGUUGAGACGAUCAAGGCUGCGUUUUUCCCGAAUGUUUUCUGGAUGGUUCUGCUGAACUCCAUCCUCGUCGGCGCCGUCUCUGCCGCUUCCCAGACGGGGUCAGCCGUUCUGAUUGCUGCUGGGUGGAAGUUUGAGAAUUUGGGGUUGGCGGCGAUGCCUGUUGUUGUUGCUACGCCGUUUAUUUGGUUCUUUGGCGGGUUCUUGGCGGACAAGAUAAGCAACUUCCACGCUAAGCGCAAUGGUGGGCAGAGGGAGCCCGAGGCACAUUUGAUUAAUUUAGUUAUUCCUCUGUUGGCGGGUAUUACUGGCCCGCUUCUCUUUGGGUUUGCGGCAUCGAAUAUUAGGACGUUGCCAAGUAUAGUCGUGCUCGUCGGUAUCUUCCUCAUGGGGUUUGGGGCAUUGACUACCAGUGCGGUCAUCAGUGUGUACUUGGUGGAGAGUUAUCCCAACUACGCUGGUCCCGUCCUAGUCAGCGUCUCUUCCUUCCGCCUUAUAUUCGGCUUCCUCCUCAGCUUCAAGAUAACCAACCUCAUCAUGGCCCGCGGCUUCCUCAAUAUGUUCGGUAUUUACAGCGGCGCUCUUGCCGCCGUCGCGCUGCUGUUGCCCGUCAUAUAUAUAUACGGGAAACCCAUACGUGCGUGGUCUGCGGGAAGGCUCGAAGCCACCUCAGUGGCUAAGGAAGUGUAUGAUGAGGAGGAGGAUGAUGGAGACCGGGGGUUUGAGCCACACGAUCGUAAGAGGAGGGGUAGGAGUAGAGAGACUGUGCGUAUUGGGAAGGCGUUCUAA